AUUUUUAUUUGAGCUAAUUUUAUGAUAAAACUUACCGUUUUGCUGAAAAUUGCGAAAAACCCGUUAUUGUGACCUUUGACCCCGAAUAAAUUUUUUUGCACGUUUCGGAUCGAUGAGGACUUUUCACAUUUCUUUUAUAAUAGUGUAUUGAACAAUCCUACCAAUAUUCAGCCAAGUCGGAAUUUUUGUAACAUUGGAUGUCUAAAUUGACCGUACUAUAAUCUAUGUGAAGCUGUGGGCAGCGUUUCAUUUUUGAUUUGACUAUGAAAAUUCUUAUUUACUAACUCACAUAAUUCUAUGCUUUAAAUUUAGAUAUCUAUUAUUGUUUAUUUUCUUUCAUAGGAAAGACAAUCACGGUCGUGGAAUUGUUUCAACAAAUAAGGCAAAAUAACAUACCUUUCUAUGGCAAGGUCACAACAUUGCGCAAAUUAUUGGGCGAUAUUGGGUUUCGUCAUAUAAAGAGAAACAAUAAUCGCUACUUGGUAGAACAACCGCACAUAAUUGCUGCUAGGAUGGAGUAUCUUGGGCGGUACAAAGAUUUCUUGGAACAAAAAAAGCGCUUCAUUUUCCAAGAUGAGACAUGGAUAUUUCGCAACGGUACUGGAAAAACCUACGAGUGGCAGGAUUCCAGUACCCGAAGCGUCUCUGUGAAAAAAGCCUCAACCGGACCGAGAUACAUUGUUUGUCACGCAGGAGGAAGAGGUGGUUUUGUUGAUGGUGCUUCUUUGGUAGUAAAUACUCAGAAGAAACCGAAAGAUUACGAUGAUUACCACGGGGACAUGAAUGCAGAAAUGUUUAAGAAGUGGUUGACAGAGAAAUUACUACCGAAUUUAGAAGAGCCAUCUGUGAUUGUCAUGGACAAUGCUUCUUAUCACUCCACACAGGCUUCGGAAAUCCCUAAGCAUUGAUACGGUGCUUUAAUACUGAACAGAUGCUAAAAUCAACGUGAUCUCAAUCACAAUGGAUUUAUAUGUUCACUAUGAUAUGCAGUACAACUUUGCAAUUGAAUGCAAUUUUGCAACAUCCAUCAAAAAUAGUCUAUGGAAUGUCGGAAAAACAACCAACAACCAAGUGGAACAAAAAACAGCUCGCUGAUUGGUUGACGGAAAAUAAUAUUCCUCACGAUCCUUCAUUAUCAAGAGAUGAUCUAUAUGCACUGUGUAAGAGUUUUAAAAAACAAGUAAGCCAUGAGAUUAAUACUUUGAUUCAAGAAAGUGGACAUGAGGUUCUGAAAACACCUCCAUAUUGCUAUUUCUAUAACCCAAUAGAGUUAGUUUGGGGCCAGUGUAAACGAUAUUACGAUGCGCAUUUUGCACCUGAAUGCGAUUACAGUGAGCAAAAAGCAAUGGAAGUGUGGGAAGAAGCUUUAUCCCAAGUGACACCUGAGCGGUGGAAUCGGUGCGUCGAUCAUACAGAGAGGAAAGUGUUUGAAGACUAUAAGCGCUUCAUUGAUGAAAAGUUUUGUAUAGAAAUUGGAGACAAUCCUGGUUUGGCCAACAACAGUGACAGUGAUUAUGAUGAUGAUGAUGAUGAUGAUGAUUUCCUCACUGUUAGCGAUGCAUCUGAGAUUGGUAUGGAUGUUUGCAGUGAUAAAAGUCAUUUAGAUGGUGCCCGAAAACAUCUUUUGAGUGUCAUCGAAGAAAUACAGGCUAUUGACAGUGACGAUGAUGACAUGAAAAAUAUCGACUCUUCUAACGUUGGGAUUAUUUAUGAUUCUGACCGAGGUAUGCUCGAUGCAGAUUUUGGUACUUCACGAGAUCAAGAAAUAUUUAAUUUAGAAGAAUUAAAUAAUUCAGAAAUGCCAUUGAUUUUCGAUGAAUUGCCCAAUGAUAUAUCCUUACAAGAGGAAGUCAUUGCAUGUUACGAAGAAUUGGCAGAUAUGAUCGAGGAUAAUGACAUUAGUCUUAGUGAAGAAAUAGUUGAAAACGGAAAUGCUUCACCGGAAGCAAUAAUGGAAAAUCCAUCGAAUCAACUCAUCCAAGCUCAAUUGGAAGCCGCUGUGAAAUCAAUUCAUACUUUUCCAGAGUCCUCUGUCAAGAGUCAUAUUAUAGAGGAAAAAAAAAAAGUUUUUGAGAAUUUUUUUACAAAAUUUUCUAACUAUGAACGUGAAGAUGAGGAUAAAACUGACGAUAAAAUGAUAACAAUCGAUUCGUUAUUGGAAUUGUACAAGGUGGAACUAGGAUUGGACGACCGAAACUUGUUUUCAAGUAAUGUUGGUAUGACUAUAACGGUUAAGGACAUAAAAAGGCUUAUCCCACCAAAUGAAUUGAAUGAUGAAGUCAUUAAUCUAUACUUUAGAGUAAUGUCGAAUCGAUCACUUGUGGAUACCUUUGCGUUCGACACUCACUUCUAUCCACAGUUGAACAAAGGUUUCGAGCAUGCUCAGAAGUGGACAAGAAAAGUUGACAUUUUGACAAAAAAUUUGAUAUUCAUUCCAAUACAUUUGGGGCAUCAUUGGACGUUAUGUGUCGUCGAUGUUACCAACUCAAGUCUUUGGUACUAUGAUAGUCUCGGUGGGAAAAACGAAAAGAGUUUACACAUCAUUGAACAAUUUUUAAUAGCAGUGGAAAAAAAAAAUUUUCAAAGAGAACAUUCUGCAGCACAACCAAGGAAGUGGGCUAAAAAUCCCGCAAAGAAUAUCCCGUUGCAAAACAAUAGUUACGACUGUGGCGUUUUUGUUUGUUUUUAUGCUGAACAAUUAUCAAUGCUAAAAAAAAUUGAAAAAGUAAACACUGUAAACAUGAACGGAUUUCGGACACAGAUGCUCCGGAAUAUUUUAGAGAGCCAUGAACAAUUAUCAACAUUGGAAAAUGCGCAAAAUGGACAAAUUUCUAAGGAAAUAACUAACGAAAUAGAAUUAUCAACUCAGCAACAGAAUCAACGUUCGACUUCAUUGAGUGACGUAUACUUGUACCAGUCAGCUCAUUAUCAUCAGGGUAGCCUACAUCUAUUUCACCACCAACAAGCAGGGUUGCAAUGUACUGCAAUUGCAACAUAUGCGAUUGCCGCGUUACCAAAUCAGCUGUCAUCUAUUACCAUGAAAGAUUUGGACGACAUACUUAUUGGUGGUGAUCAAUAUUACUUACAGUGUAGGGCGGUCGCAAAUAUGGACAUGCUCAAUAUAGACGAAUUAUUACCAACAUUUUUGGUUAAAAAUAAGCUAAUAGUAAUUCGUGACAAGAAAGAUGUGUCCUAUGGAUCAUUACUGGACGAGAAUCCAUUGACCUGUUUAAAUGACAGCAUUGUAAAAAAAAUAGAGUCCAAACAGCCAACCAUUGAAAAUGAUUGUGGGUAUUUGUUUAUAACCCAAGGAAAGACCGUUGCGUUUAAACACCUCUAUUUGCCGCAUUCAGGAGGCCAUGAGUUUUUUUUAUUUAAUUCUCACGCUGUUGAUAACAAUAACUGCUUACCGGAAGACGACAGUGAUGGAAAAGCUCGACUUUUCCGGUGUUGUGGGUCUUUGGCGUUAGCGAAGGCGUUGUUAGCAGGGACAAAUUUUAAUUGUGACGAGAAUUAUAAUCUUUGGGGACUGUACAAAAUAACAUUUUUAAGAUCUCCAAACUGAUCAGAAAAAAAAUGCAAUCAAAUAAAA